AUGUCUUCAAGUUUAUCGCCAAGAUUUUACAAGUGUUGAGAGCAUUCUUUAGACAUUGAUAAGACUUUGGACAUUUUGAAUAUAUUUUAUCUAUGCUUUCUAGCAGUUCUGAGAUUACAUCUUUUGUACAUAUUUAUUUGUAACUGUUUCUGUUUCCUGAUUAAACUAAUAUAAAAGCACCCAAAGGAAAGGAUGUAUGUAUUAGCUUAGCUAUUUUAUAUUAUUUCCUUUGAGUAAGGUAAAAGCUUUUACCCACAACUCUCAAAUAUUUCUUUCGUCUCAUGGUUUGUUAAUUUGCAAUGGAGAAGUAUAUAGACUUCUUAUUUUCUACUUAUUAGGCAUGCAAAAUGCGGAUAAAUAAAUGUUCAUGAAAAAAGCUACCCUACCUGUUUAUUCUCCUUGAAAGCUUAACAAUAAAACCAUAAUUAUUACUAAUGACCACUACUUCACAUUUAAGUCACAACACACAAAAAAUACUUGCAGGAGAUAUCAUUAAUUUAUGUCAAGUUUCAGUAUUGUUUUUGUCCUACAACCUUGAGCCAAUUUUCUUAACAUGGGUCCCAGUCACACCUGAAAAUGGUGUAUGCGUGUGCAGUAGUUGGUUGCACAAACCGCAACAACAGGGAGAAAAACCUGUCCUAUUACUGCAUACCCAAGGUUAUCGCAAAUCAGUGCGAGAAAACUUUGGCACUUUCUCAAAAACGCAGAGCAAAAUACCUGGCCAACAUCGGCAGAAAAGACCUGCAAGACAAGGAUGUCACUAACAACACCCGAGUCUGCAGUGAGCACUUCACCACAGGGAAACCUGCAGCCCUCUUCGAUGAGACCAAUCCUGACUGGGCACCAACUUUGAAGAUGCGUCCAGCAGCAGUUACUCCCACUCCAGCUAAGCAAGAUCCAGCCAGGAGAUACCAGCGAGUGCAAGAAAGGCAGAGGAAGAGGCUGCAGGAGAUCGUGCAAAACCAUCAAGAUGUUGUGGAGCAGCACGGUGGGGAGGAAGAAGAAGAUGAUGAUGCUGGUGGUGGUGAAGACAGGGUUGGUCUAGCAGCUGAGUUGGCCGCAAUGACCCUUGAACGUGACAAUCUGAAACAAGAAAGAGAUGCCCUGCAGCAGCGGGUCGAGAUCCUGGAAGAGGAAAACCAGAAAUACAGGAAGCAGUAUUCGUUUGAUGAAGACAGCUUGAGAGAUGAGCCAAAGAAAGUUAAAUUUUACAGUGGGUUGCCAUCUUUUACCACCCUGCUGGCAGUCUUCAAUUUAUGCAAGGAUUACGUUUCAACUUCUCACCGGAAUGCGUUGACUCCAUUUCAAGAGUUCAUGGUGGUCAUGAUGAGACUACGGCUGAAUUUGUUAAUGGAAGACCUCGCCUUCAGGUUCGGCGUCACCCAGCCCACAGUGUCAAGGAUUCUCACCAGGUGGUUGGAUGUGAUGGCUUUGAGACUGAAGAGCUUCAUCAUGUGGCCAGAACGUGAAGUGCUUAUGAAGACUAUGCCCGAGUGCUUCAGGAAAUCUUUUGGCACCUCUGUGACACUCAUAAUUGACUGUUUUGAAGUGUUCAUAGAGAAACCUUCCAAUCUGUUGGCCAAAGUAGGAACAUACUCAAAAUACAAAAAACACAACACGGCCAAGUACUUGAUAGGUAUCACACCUCAGGGGACAAUUAGCUACAUCUCCAAAGCUUAUGUUGGGAGAAUUCAAGACACAGAAUUGACCAAUGACUGUGGAAUUCUGGACAAUCUGAAACCAGGCGAUGUGGUUCUCUCCGACAGGGGCUUUGAUAUCUCCAACACAGCUGGCUUCUUAAGGGCUCAUGUUGUACAGCCUGCGUUUCUCUAUGGAAGACUGCAGCUGACUGGUGAAGAGGUGGACUCUACAAGAAAAAUUGCACAUGUGAGGAUCCAUGUUGAGAGGGUGAUUGGUCUUGUCAGGAGGAAGUACCUCAUUCUGUCUCAAAUUCUGCCAACUGAUUCGUUGAAAAUUAAAGAAGGACAGUCAAUGGCACCAGUGGACCAAUAUGCCAUCAUUUGCAGUGCGCUGUGCAACCUGUGCCCUCCUAUUGUACCCAUGUUUGAAAACGAAGAUUGACCUGCAAUAAGAGUUUUUAUGAAAAUUGUUUUUAAUAAAGUUAUUAACUUGCCUUCAUUGUGGCGAGUUUCUCCUAGAACAAAAUGUUUGUACCCAUGUUUGAAAACAAAGAUUGAUCUGUAAUAACAGUUUUAAUGAAAAUUGUUUUUAAUAAAGUAAUUAACUUGCCUUCAUUGUGGUGAGUUUCUCCUAGAACAAAAUGAUUGAGAUUUCUUUAGCAUAUUUUCCUGCUAGCAGAAGAGUUUAGUCUUCCGACACUUCAACUAACCUUAGCUU